AUUUACCAAAUGAUGGCGUCCAAGAUGAAGGAUCGCAAAAGAACUCCAGUUUCACACAAGGUGAUCGAGAAAAGAAGACGUGACCGCAUAAACCGGUGUCUGAAUGAACUCGGGAAAACUGUGCCAAUGGCGCUCGCCAAACAGAACUCUGGGAAGCUGGAGAAAGCAGAGAUUUUGGAAAUGACGGUUCAGUACCUGAGGGCCUUGCAUUCUGCCGACUUUCCCCGGGGCAGAGAGAAAGGAGAGCUACUAGCGGAGUUUGCGAACUAUUUUCACUAUGGAUACCACGAGUGCAUGAAGAACCUGGUUCACUACCUCACCACGGUGGAGCGAAUGGAGACCAAAGACAACAAGUACGCGAGGAUUUUGGCGUUCCUGCAAUCCAAAUCCCGCGUCGUCACCGACCCUCUGUUCAGCUCUCUGGGCGCAUUGCCAGACACUGCAGACUAUUUGUGCCAAUUGCACUCUUCCCCAGAGUACCAGAGCCCCAGUCCCACUGAGUCCAUGUUCCAGCAAAGCCCCCCCGGACACUUUUCUUGGCACAGUUCGGCGCGGAGUCCAACUAUCGGUUACUCGCCGGUGUCUUUAUCCACCCCGACACAGCAACACGGCGGAUACUUGUCGCCAGUGCAGGGACUUGAUCAUCAUUAUAUCAACUUCAUUGGCCACUCUCAUCCAAACGCAUUCAGUUUGCACACGGCGCAACACGCUGCUUUGUAA